GCAGCGCAUCAAAAACCUAGAAUCCCAUCCUCCAUCACCCCUCUUUCCCAAAUUGCACCGUCAAACACAAAACCCCCAGAAAACCCUAACCACUCUCUAAUUUCUUCAUCUUCUCCUCCUCCAAGCAAACAACUUAACAGAAAAUCGCCAUGGGAACUCCAGAGACCUCUCGGGAACCGUGCCCCGACCGGAUCCUCGAUGACAUCGGCGGCGCCUUCGGCAUGGGCGCGGUCGGCGGCUCCGCCUUUCACUUCCUCAAGGGCAUCUACAACUCCCCCAGGGGCUCGCGUCUCGUCGGCGGAUCCCAAGCCGUUCGCAUGAACGCGCCGCGCGUCGGCGGGAGCUUUGCCGUCUGGGGAGGCCUCUUCUCCGCCUUCGACUGCACCAUGGUCUACGUCCGCCAAAAGGAGGAUCCUUGGAACUCGAUCAUCGCCGGCGCCGCCACCGGCGGCUUCCUCCAGAUGCGCCAGGGGCCCGCGGCCUCGGGCCGCUCCGCUCUCUUCGGUGGCGUCCUAUUGGCCCUGAUCGAAGGGGCCGGGAUCAUGCUCAACAAGGUUCUCAGCCAGCAACAGCAGAUGCCGAUUAUGAUCGAAGAGCCGCCGCCGAAUGUUGCCUCGAUUCCCGGUUUCCCUCCUAUGGGGCAGAUACCGGGGCGGUUGCCUGGUCAGCAGGUUCCGGAGGUUGCGGUGGGUUCGGCGAGCAGUUCGGAUUCGGCCGAUUCCGGUUCGUUUGUCGGAGGGUGGUUCGGUGGAGGGAAGAAGAAGGAGCCUCAGGCGUCGAGUAGUGGAAGCGAGACGAAGAUUCUGGAGAGUUUCGAUGCGCCGCCGGUGCCGAGUUUCGAGUACAAGUGAUUUUCUUAAGAGGGUUUUUGGGUCAAAAAAGGGAUUUUCUUUGGAGGUAUGCUUGUGAAAGAGAGGGGUUUGAUGAGGAUCGCAAAUGCAAAAAUAAUUAUACAAGCACACAAUCUAGAUUGUGUUUUUACUUCGAUAUUGAAGCUUCUAUGUAUGCCACAAUUUUUAGUUUUGAGAUAUAGUUAUUUAUAAAAUUUUGUCUUCAACA